AUGGAGAACAAUGGAGAUACAGUGACAAAGACUAAGGCUGCUGGGAAGCAAAAGAAGAGAACUCUUACAGACAUCAAAGGCUCAGACGACGUCUGUACAAGAAGGCCAAAGCGAGCGGCCGCAUGUACAGAUUUCAAGGAAAAAUCUGUCCGGAUCUCCAAGAAAUCUGCGACUGUGGAAAGAAAGAAACAGCCGAUUGUGGAGGACGAGAUCGUUGCUCUGCACUUAACUUCUCUGCCGACCGAUGAAUGUCGUGAAACCAGGAGGCUAACUGACUUCCUUCUACAUGAUUCCGAUGGAGCUCCACAGCCCGUGGAGAUGUUGGAAAUCGAAGACAUUUUCAUUGCAGGUGUUAUCUUACCUUUAGAUGGAUGUUCUGACAAGGACAAAGAAAAGGGUGUGAGGUGCCAAUCUUUUGGACGUGUGGAGAAUUGGAGUAUAACUGGCUAUGAAGAUGGAUCACCUGUGAUAUGGAUCUCAACCGAGUUGGCAGAUUACGAUUGCCUUAAACCUGCUACUCGCUACAAGAAGAUAUACGAUUAUUUCUUUGAGAAGGCGUGUGCUUCGGUGGCUGUGUAUAAGAGACUGUCCAAGUCUUCAGGUGGGAAUCCUGAUACGAGCCUCGAUGAGUUGCUUGCAGCGGUUGUCAGGUCAAUGAGCGGAAGCAAGUUCUUUUCUAGUGGUGCAGCCAUCCAAGAGUUUGUUAUAUCCCAGGGAGAGUUCAUAUAUAACCAACUCGCGGGCUUGGACGAGACAGCCAAGAAACAUGAAACCAGUUUUGCCGGGAUGCCUGUUCUCGUUACUCUCAGAGAUGAGAGUAGUAAAUAUGACAAGGCUGUGCAGAUGGAAGGAGAACCCUCCAAUGGAACUCUGAGGAUUGGUGGAGUUUCUGAUCAACUGGUUGACGAUGGUGCUGAUGAGGACAGAAAGUGUGCCAAAAUUCUACAAGAUGAAGAGUAUAGGAAAUCUAUGCAGCGGUCUCGAAAAAACAGCGGCUCUGCUUCUGCUUCGAAUAGAUUCUACAUAAAGAUCGAUGAAGAUGAGCUUGCCAAUGACUACCCUCUCCCAUCUUAUUAUGAGACUUCCGAAGAAGAAACUGAUGAGCGUAUACUGGCUGAUGCUGGAGAUGAGGUUAACAUUGACCAACUGCCUCGUAGGAUGCUUCACAAUUGGGCUCUUUACAACACCGAUACGAGGUUGAUAUCACUGGAGCUUAUUCCGAUGAAGCCUUGUGAUGAUGAUAUGGAUGUCAACAUCUAUGGGUCUGGUGUGGUGACUGAAGAUGAUGGAACUUGGUUUUCUAUCAAUGAUUCUGAGACCUCAACACAACGACAAGAUCCCGAUGGCAUGACCAUAUUCCUUAGUCAAAUAAAGGAAUGGAUGAUUGAGUUUGGAGCUGGAAUGGUCUCCAUUUCAUUCCGGACAGAUGUCGCCUGGUAUCGACUUGGGAAACCGUCAAAGCAUUAUGCCCCUUGGUAUGAACCUGUUCUGAAAACAGCAAGGGUGGCGAUAAGCAUUAUUACUUUGCUUGAGGAGCAAACCAGAAUUUCUAGGCUUUCAUUCACAGAUGUCAUCAAAAGACUGUCUGAGCUUGAGGAGAACGAUAACGCUUACAUAUCUUCUAAGCCUAAGGCUGUGGAGAGAUAUGUGGUUGUCCAUGGGCAAAUAAUCUUGCAGCUUUUUGCAGAAUAUCCUAAAAAGGAUAUCAGAAGGUGUCCAUUUAUUGUUGGUCUUGCAAGUCAAAUGGAGGAUAGGCACCACACAAGAUGGGUCAUCAAGAAGAAGAAAUUUGUACUCAAUGUACUGAAUUUGAAUCCGAGGAAAGGUCUGAAACCCGUGGUCUCCAAGAUGAAAGCUAUGCAAGCAACAACGACCCGCCUGAUCAACAGAGUUUGGGGUGACUUUUGCUCCAAUUACUGUCCAGAGGAACCACUGGAGGAGCUUGGUGAAGAAAAUGGUGAGGAAGAGAUUGAAGAAGAGGAUGAAAUUGAGGAAGAGGAGGGUGAAAUUGAAGAAGAUGGCGUAGAGGACACUCUACCAGAACCUAUUGAUGUUCCAAAGAAAGUUCGAGGCAGUUCUGAGAAAAUGGACAUAGGUUGGGACGGCGAGAGUAUAGGAAAAACUUCAGCUGGUGAGCCUCUCUAUCAACAAGCCCUCGUUGGAGGGGAGAAUGUGGCUGUAGGAGGUGCUGUCAUCAUGGAAGUUGAUGAUUCAGAUGAAACUCCGUCCAUCUACUAUGUGGAGUACAUGUUCGAAAGUUCAGAUCACAGCAAAAUGCUACAUGGAAAACUCCUUCAAAGAGGUUCCGAGACUGUUCUAGGGAAUGCUGCUAACGAGAGGGAACUAUUCCUGACAAAUGAAUGCAUGACUGUGCAACUUGAGGACAUAAAAGGAACAGCCAUCUUCGAGAUGCGAUCCAGGCCAUGGGGGCAUCAGUAUAGGAAAGAGACCRCCAYKGCRGAUAAGCUUGACCGGRMAAGAGCAGAWGAAAGAAARGCKAAAGRUUUGCCUACWGARUACUACUGCAAGAGCUUGUACUCACCUGAGAGAGGGGGAUUCUUUAGUCUUCCACUAAGUGAUAUCGGUCGCGGUUCUGGAUUCUGCAGUUCAUGUAAGUUAAGGGAGGAGGUGAAGGAAAGGUCAAAAACUAAACUGAAUGCUACAAAGACAGGUUUUUUCUCCAAUGGGAUUGAGUAUUCUGCUGAAGAUUAUGCCUAUGUCAAACCGAACUAUAUAACUAAAGAUGGAUCGAAGAAGAGUAUUGAAAAUUUCAAGUCUGGGAGAAACAUUGGCUUGAGAGCUUUUGUUGUUUGCCAAUUGUUGGAAAUCAUUGUCCUCAAGGAAUCUAGAAAGGCUAAGUUGGGUUCGUUUGAGGUUAAAGUGAGAAGAUUUUAUAGGCCUGAGGAUAUUUCUGCAGAGAAGGCCUAUGCUUCGGACAUCCAAGAGUUAUAUUACAGCGAGGACACAUAUGUUGUUCCUCCAAGGGCACUAGAGGGAAAAUGUGAAGUAAGGAAGAAAAACGAAAUGCCCUUGCGCCGUGAAUAUCCAUUAUCAGACCAUAUCUUCUUUUGUGAACAUUUCUAUGACUCGUCCAAAGGCUCUCUCAAUCAGUUGGCUGCCAAUAUGAAGCUGAAGUUCUCUACUAUGAAAGAUGACAUGCUUCUAAGAAAGAAAAAGGGGAAGGGUAUUGAGAGCGAAACUGAUUCUGGGAUUGAGAAGCCUGAUGAGGUACCUAAAGAGAUGCGUAUGGCCACACUCGAUAUUUUUGCUGGUUGCGGUGGACUGUCUCAUGGACUGGAACAGGCGGCUGCGCAGGCUUUUAAACAAAACCAUCCCGAAUCAACAGUUUUUGUUGAGAACUGCAAUGUGAUUCUUAGGGCUAUAAUGGAGAAAUGUGGAGAUGAAGACGAGUGUAUCGCUACUACGGAAGCAGAUGAACUUGCAGCAAAACUUGAUGAGAACCAAAAGAGUACUCUGCCACUGCCUGGUCAAGUGGAUUUCAUCAACGGAGGUCCUCCAUGCCAGGGAUUUUCUGGUAUGAACAGGUUCAACUACAGCCCUUGGAGUAAAGUUCAAUGUGAAAUGAUAUUAGCAUUCUUGUCCUUUGCUGAUUAUUUCCGGCCAAAGUAUUUUCUUCUGGAGAACGUGAGGGCCUUUGUGUCACACAAGAAAGGGCAGACAUUUCGACUUACUCUAGCUUCUCUUCUCGAAAUGGGUUACCAGGUGAGAUUUGGAAUCUUGGAGGCAGGUGCAUAUGGAGUUUCCCAAUCUCGUACAAGAGCUUUUAUUUGGGCAGCUGCACCAGGAGAAGUUCUUCCAGAAUGGCCUGAGCCGAUGCAUGUCUUUCGCGCUUGGGGGUUGAAUAUCUCACUAUCUCCACGCUCACGUUACGCUGCUGUUCGUACAACCCAAGGUGGUGCACCUUUCCGCUCAAUCACUGUGAGAGACGCAAUUGGUGAUCUUCCACCUGUAAAAAACGGAGACUCCAAGACAAACCAAGAGUAUCGAGCUGAUCCAGUCUCGUGGUUCCAAAAGGUGAUAAGAGGAAACAUGAUCGUUCUCACUGAUCAUAUCUGCAAAGAGAUGAGCGAACUAAACCUCAUUCGAUGUAAGAAUAUCCCAAAGAGGCCAGGUGCUGACUGGCGUAACCUCCCAAAUAUGAAGGUGAAGUUAACAAAUGGGAAAAUUGAAAAUUUGAUUCCUUAUUGUCUGCCAAACAAGGCUAAGCUCCACAACCAGUGGAAGGGGCUCUAUGGGAGAUUAGACUGGCAAGGUAACUUACCCACUUCCAUCACUAGUCCACAGCCCAUGGGUAAAGUGGGAAUGUGCUUCCAUCCUGACCAGGACAGAAUUGUCACAAUCCGUGAAUGCGCCCGAUCUCAGGGGUUUCCGGAUAGCUAUGAGUUGGUAGGGAAUAAACACCACAAGCAUAGGCAGAUUGGGAAUGCAGUCCCUCCACCAUUGGCGUUUGCUCUCGGUCGUAAACUCAAAGAAGCCAUUGAUCUGAAGAGGUCUCUUCAACACCAACUCUAG